AUGUCUGCUCUGCAGCUCAUGCGCCGCCUGGGACUUUCGGAAACCCAGACGGAGGAGGCCUGGGCAGUCCUACAGAAGGAGAAACUGGAGACCGUUGAUGCACUCCGCCACAUCUGGUCACACACCAGCGACGGCCGCUGGCAGGCCUUGUCUCUGGACAGCAAUGUGAAGGAUGAAUUGAUGUUUGGCGCCAAGUUGCAGGGAGGGACGCUUACUAGGAUUUGGCUGUGGCGAGUGAAGGCUUGA